AAAUUUUUAUUGAAAAUGAAGCUCCUUUUAUUUUCUUUAUUUUUAAUUGUUGCCUUUGAAUUUCUAACCUUUUCAAACUCAACAAUUGUUAGACGUGAAAGUGUUCAAGUACAACCUGUUAAUAAUACAGUGACGGACACCAAAAAUUCAACUUCUCCUCUUUCAAACAAACCACAACCAGAAUGUAAAAUGCAAUGCCGUCCAUCCCCGUUAAAAAGAGGAAGAGAAUGUUAUAUUGAAUGUCAUGGAGAAUUACCCGCAACAGUUCGAGUAGCCCCCAUUUUGGACCAAAAAUGUGCUGAAAAGUGUAAUGGAGGGCCUGUUGGGGAUUACUCUAAUUUUAAAAGAGAAUGCGCUGUUAAAUGUGCAAUUCCUGAACGAAAAUAG